AUGCACACGAGGAAAGUUCAGGUAUCAGUCAUAGGAGCCGCAAGCAGCAUUGGCUCCAAUGUAUGUUUGUUGCUGAAGCAGAAUCCGAAGGUGGCCAAGUUGAAGCUGUAUGAUUCCGAUCCUAAAGUGAAGGGGAUCGCGCGGGAGUUGAACCAACUGCCUCUCGGUCCUUCCGCGGUCGGUUUCACAGGGGACGAUGAACUAAGCGCAGCCAUCACUUUAUCCAGCCUCAUACUAAUGCUGUCCAGGGUAUCCUCUCCUCCCACAACACCGACUCAGGAAGUCCUCAAUGCCAACGCACCAUUCGUUCAAAAACUGUGCAAAGCGAUGUCCGAAAGAAAUCCUGACGCAUUCUUAUGUGUGGCCACCAGCCCUAUAAACGCUAUGCUGCCGUUCACGAGUGCAAUGCUGUAUAAAUACAGAAGUUACAAUCCCUUUCGAGUGUUUGGAGUAACGAAUGACGACGUAACAAGAACUAAAUCGUUGGCUGCGGAUUUGUUGCAAGCAACACCGCGUCACUUGUCGAUACCAGUCAUAGGGGGGCAUUCGAAAGAUACCAUAAUUCCUUUAUUUUCUAAUAUGAUGCCAGAGUUUUAUGUGUUGGAUGGUCGCGAAGCCGACGUGCUGACAAGGCUGAUAAGGAGAGCCGAGACUGAUGUCUUCAUGACCAAAGGCGGAUCCGAAUAUGAUUCUUUAGCGGUGGCAUGGGCGAUAAACGAAUUUGUGGAAAAACUCAUCGAUGCUCUUUGGGGUCAACAAGUCGAAGUUCACAGCUACACGGCAAAUCCGCAUUUUGGCACGAGAUUUUUCUCUGGACCUUCAACUGUCGGGCCUUAUGGUAUAGUUAGAACUUCCAGCAAUUUUCCUAUGAGUGAUCUGGAGUGCGACCUGUUGAGCGAGGCAAUGCCUAUCUUGAAUAAAGAUAUCUCAAUGGGAGAAGAGUUGUCUCGCAUGUAUGUUUGA